CUAAUUCUGGUAGCUUGGCGGUGGUAGUGUGAUAUCCCAUGUUGACCAAAAGAGUCUUGUUUACCACAGUAAGUGUUUUCAGUCCACUCGCACCCUGGUAGCUGACGGCAGCAGAGUGACAUGUGGAUGGUUCCUGUCUCUCCUGGUUGCCGGAAGUGACUGCGAUGUUUUGGUGUUCAGUAACUCAGCGGCUGUGUGUCGGACUCCUGCGCUGCCGGUCCCUGCCAGCAUGUCCGAAGACACCCACGGGCUGCCACUUGUCUUCAGUACGGAGCUUCUCAGCCUCCCCCUGCAGCAGGACGGUGACCCCGGCGGCCACAGAGGGGAACAAGCCCCUGAAGCAGUGGACCCUGGUGGUGAGUCCGUUCAGCACGGUGCGGGUCCGGCUCGGCUGCAGCAUCUCCAUCCGCCCGCUGGACCCGCACGCCUUCCCCGAGGCGAACCGAGCCUUCGUCACAGUCCGCGGGACCAGCGCCGACCAGGGCGUCAAGCUCGACAACUUCCACGUCCACUACGAUGACCAAAGCAAAGAGCUGCUCAUCUUGGCCGAGAAGGUCAACAGCAACAUGUCCGUGGAGCUGUCCGCACCCAUCAAAAGCAAUCUCUACGUUACCACACAAGGGAAGGGCAACGUGCAAGUCCAGAAAAUGGAGUGUGAUGUCUGCAUGGUGCAGACGGAAAAAGGCAACUGCGUGCUGCACUCUGUCAAGGGUCACCAGGUGGAGGUGCAGUCCCAUGGAGGACAUGUUACAGGUGUGGGCACCAUCCAUGGCAACGUGGACAUCAGCGCCCAUGGAGACAGUGUAGUGGAUGUCAAGAAGCUCCAGGGCACCAAAAUGAACGUUUCAACUGAACAUGGCCCGCUGAAGGUCAAAGCCAUCUACGCCGAGUCCACGUCUGUGUCCUCCUCCUCUGGGAAAGUGGAGCUGGGGCAUGUACAUGGUAACGCCACUGUGAAGAGCAUGUCUGGAGAUGUAAUUGUAGAUGGCUCAAACGGUUCACUGAAGGUUUCCUCCGACAGAGGAGAUAUUGAUGUCUACGUGGGUGACAAUGGCAGUGCCGAUCUCCACAGUCAAGAAGGAGCAGUGUGUGUCCGUGUCCCCUCAUCUUUAAGAGUAGGGGUGGAGCUCAGUGGCGCCUCGGUGGAUAUCAGCCCAGAGGUGUUGCUGCACGGAGCAGAGCACAACACAGCCCAAGGCCAAACCACAGUCACUGGUUACGUGAACGGUGACCCCCAAGUGGAUCAGCGGAUCAAGGCUCAGGCAGACAGAGGCUCCAUUAGGCUGAAGACACAAAGCUGGUUUGAGUCCCUGAAGCUUGGAAGCUGAGUUAUGAGUGACUGGCUUUUUGGAGGGUUAAAAAUGCAUAAAUAAGCUCCAGUGCAUAGGAGCUUUAUUCUUAAAAAUACCACUUCAGUAGCAGGCAGAGCCAAAUAACCUCUGCAGUGCCAUAAGACUGUAUUCACUUUUUCCUAAUUGAAUUUUCUCCAGCUCAGUGCUCAGGUAGUUUGUGCUGCGACACCAUGAGAAAGCUGCAUACUGUAUAACUGUAUCCCAGUGGUGGUUUCUACUGAACUGGUACAGUGCUUAAAUGACUUAGAAAAGCAUAUAUUAAAAAUAAUAUUAUUACUGUAUGACUUGUAAUGCUGAAUGUUGUCAGAGUAGCUAAAACAGGCAUGUGUAUACUGUAUAAAAUAUACUGUGAAAACUGUAGUGGUUGUAUAAUCUGUGACAUCAUUUGGCAUCAAAGCCUGGAAUUGCUGGAGUGGCAGUGGAUUGGAAACAGAUUAUUAUUAUCAAGUGGUAAAUUGAGGCGAGUCAGACUCUUAACCCAUCUGUGCCUGUGUUGUCAAACACAGUCACAUUGUGCCAGUUUUGAGAAAGUCACAUAUGUUCUCCAGUUGAUUGCUAUUCAGUAGUAUCUAAUUAAUAAAACGAAUGUCAAGAAAAUGACUGAGAAAAUGUAAACUAAUUUAUUAAUCUUGACACCCAUAGCUGUUUAUGUUCACACAACUCCCACAAUCCUCGACCUGUAGAGCUCUACAGAAUAUGUACUAGUCUUGGACAGAUUUUAUCCUAGUGAGUCUCGCUGAAGUGCUGAUCACUCUGGAGCAAAAAGAGACCAUGUGUCGCUCUUGUAGCGUCAACAGAGUUCAGGUCCAGUGUUUUGUCAGUGCAGCAGCUCCAGCCUUUGUCUCUUGUUGACAUGACAAAUCAGCUAUUGUGCGUAGUUUUAGAGGGGCUUGUUCAUUGUUCAAGUACUUUUAGAACUUACAACAACACUGAACAGUUUGAAUGUGUUUGUACAUUUGUUAAAAAUGUGCACUGCAUUUUUUGUGAGUGAAUUUUCUCGGAAAUUCUGUAUAAAAGCAAAAGUAUUUUGUUGGAGAUGCUAUGACAGGCAAACUCAAAUACAGUUCGAUGCAAAUCAUAAAAGUUGUGACAUGAUUGUCAAAACUUAUCUGAAGUGGGGUGACUAUUCCUUAAGGUCACAUUAAAAAAAAAAAAAAAAUCAGGAGUUAUC